GGUUCCUGGUGCUGAGGACGGACGCCAUUGGAGCCCCAGGGAAGGCUGAGCUCUCUUCUCCUUGGGACCCCCAGCAUGGCUGAGGGAAGCUACCGCAAAGAAUCUGAAGGGUACAACGUUGAAGACAUGGACGAGGGUAGUGAUGAAGUCGGGGAGGAAGACAUGGUUGAAGGCAACGACUAUGAAGAAUUUGGUGCUUUUGGAGGCUACGGAGCCCUCACCAGCUUUGACAUCCGUAUCCUCAGAGCCUUUGGGAGCUUGGGUCCAGGCUUUCGCAUCUUAGCGAAUGAGCCCUGGGAACUUGAAAACCCUAUGCUGGCCAGGACUCUGCUGGAGGCAUUUCGGAUGGAUCCAGAAACACUUGCCAACGAAGCCCGGGCCGCCUCCUCUAACCAAGCUGCUCGGGCCACUGCUGCUGCUGCCCGUGCCACCUACCAUCAGGUGGUCGCUAACCACUCAGUGGCCACAGACCAGGGCUCAGGAGGCGAUACCCAGCCCAUGACAUCCGCUGCCGAGGCUCAGGCAGCCACCCUUGAGACAAGCCUUGCUUCUCUGCACAGCUCCCAGAUGCUAGUCAAGAGCGAGAUGGCCGACCCCGGGGCUCCAGCAAGGUCCGCGCAGCCCCAGACAUCCUCCCGGGCCCAGGAGGCUGCUGCCGAGGGCCCUAGUACGGCCUGUGCUUUCUCCCAGGCCCCGCGUGCCAGUGAGAUGGAUGCCACCCGGCCCAAAACAGCCUUCCUGGGUCAGAACGAUGUCUUUGAUUUCACCCAGCCGGCAGGUGUCAGUGGCAUGGCCUUCCCACGCCCCAAGAGACCCGCCCCGGCCCAAGAGGCUGCCGCAGAGGGCCCCAGUGCUGCCUCCGGGGGGCCCCAGGCAGCCUCUGCCGGGGAGGGGGCAGCCACCCGGCCAAAGACGACCAAGUCUGGGAAGGCUCUCGCCAAGACUCGGUGGGUGGAGCCUCAGAAUGUUGUGGCAGCAGCUGCUGCCAAGGCCAAGAUGGCCACGGGCAUCCCUGAGCCUGAGGGUGCAGCUCCCACCUCUCAGCAGAGUGCAGAGCCCUGGGCCAGGAUGGGAGGCAAGAGGACAAAGAAGUCCAAGCACCUGGAUGACGAAUAUGAGAGCAGCGAGGAGGAGAGAGAGCCUCCUGCGGUCCCACCGACCUGGAGGGCAUCGCAGCCCCCACUGACGACUGUGCGGCCUCAGAUGGCCCCUCGGCCCCCCAUGGCCCUGAGGUCCCAGGUACCCUCAAGGCACGUACUGUGCUUGCCACCCCGCAAUGUGACCCUUCUGCAAGAGAGGGCAAAUAAGUUGGUGAAAUAUCUGAUGAUUAAAGACUACAAGAAGAUCCCCAUCAAGCGCUCAGACAUGCUGAAGGAUGUCAUCCGAGAAUACGACGAACAUUUCCCUGAGAUAAUUGAACGAGCAACGUACACUCUGGAAAAGAAGUUUGGGAUCCACCUGAAGGAAAUCGACAAGGAAGAACACCUCUACAUUCUUGUCUGCACACAGGAUUCGUCAGCCCGCCUCCUGGGAAAGACCAAGGACACCCCCAGGCUGAGUCUCCUCUUGGUGAUUCUGGGCGUCAUCUUCAUGAACGGCAACCGUGCCAGCGAGGCUGUCCUCUGGGAGGCACUACGCAAGAUGGGACUGCGCCCCGGGGUGAGGCACCCAUUCCUGGGCGAUCUGAGGAAACUCAUUACAGAGGACUUUGUGAAGCAGAAGUACCUGGAAUACAAGAAGAUCCCCAAUAGCAGCCCACCCGAGUAUGAGUUCCUCUGGGGCCUGCGCGCCCGCCACGAGACCAGCAAGAUGAGGGUGCUGAGAUUCAUCGCCCAGUAUCAGAACCGAGACCCCCGGGAAUGGAGGGCUCAUUUCUUGGAGGCUGUGGAUGAUGCUUUCAAGACGAUGGAUGUGGAUAUGGCUGAGGAACAUGCCAGGGCCCAGAUGAGAGCCCAGAUGAACAUCGGGGAGGAAGCUCUGAUUGGACGGUGGAGCUGGGACGACAUACAGGUCGAACUCCUGACCUGGGAUGAGGACGGAGAUUUUGGCGACGCCUGGUCCAGGAUCCCCUUCGCUUUCUGGGCCAGAUACCAUCAGUACAUUCUGAAUAGCAACCGUGCCAACAGGAGAGGCACCUGGAGGGCUGGCGUCAGCAGUGGCACCAAUGGUGCGGCCAGCACCAGCAUGCUCGAUGGCCCCAGCACCAGCUCCACCAUCCGGACCAGAAACGCCGCCAGAACCAGUGCCAGCUUCUUCUCCUGGAUUCAGUAAGAUCGGAGGCAGCGCUGAGGAGCUGCAGCAGUCCCCUGCCGAGCCAGAGUGCCUCCUCUGCCCCCUCCCCGACAGAGCACUCUAGGCAGCUACUCCCCGUCCAUGGAAGAUGGCAUGCCAGAUGACGCGCUCUCUGCCCUUCCUGCUUUCCUGUGUGCUUUUUGUCGUGCUGUCGUGUUUUGGGUAUCAGUGUUGCAUUAAAGUUGCAAAAUCAG